UCUCUCCCACGCUUCUCUAAUUGUCCCCUGGCCUGCACCGUCCUGUCAGCUGCAGAGAACCAGAGGAAGAGAAGGGGAGAGCGCGAGCAGCUGCAAGGGGCAGGGGGACGGAAGCGAACCAUUAUACUGAGAGAGGCUUCAGCUGGUGGCAGAAGUGCCACUUUUGCCAUCAUGUUAAGGAAGGUGGUGGCAAAAAGCCGGACAGUUUUUAACCAAAUUGUCCGUCUGAUAGAUCCUGAAGAAGAAAUGUUGAGGUGAAGAUUCAGUAGGUCAAUAGUUGGAGUAUUACUGUGGCUCACGUCCUUCUCAUCCACUCAUUUCUUUGACUUUUGUCUGGUUUUUCUGUCUGCAGAAAAUAUGAGCCGAAAAAAUAGGAACAGGGUGAGAGCUGAUCAUUUCUGAUUCAGUCUGUGUUCACACAUGAAACACAAUAAGUACCCCACAUGAUACCAGCUGGUUUAUUGUUUGCUAAAGUAUUGAAAGGCAUGUAUGUAGUUUAAAUGUAAUGAGGUAAUGAAUCACGGUAUAAUUAACACAUUUUUAUUUUUGUAUUGGUGUUGUGGUGUGUUAAUCACAUCACAUGAAUACAUAGUUGCACACCCACAUGCAUACACAACAUACAAGUGAACACUGGUCAUGUGCCGUUUCUUUGCACUGAAAUGAGUCAUGAGGUUCAUGCUGACUGUCAUGCUUUAAGCUAUAUUUGUCGUAGCUCUCCGUAUUCCUGCAUGGCACUCAAUUGUCUGCAUUCAGGUUGGUUUCUAUACUAUGAGCUGGUUGCUAGUCUAAUGAGCAGGUUUAUUUGGCAACUGGUUUGAUUUUUGUUUCCCUUCACAGACAGCGUGCAGAUGCUCCAACUGAAAAUAUCUAACCAUGAACUGCUGUUGUCUUGGUUGACCUUGAGGUUUUAGGUCAGAAUGAUAUCUUUACUGUAUGUUAUGUGGUCAUUUGAAGGCACAACCUCUGAUCCAAAUGUAAACAAAGUAAAACUAAACACAAGAUUGAAACAAGACAACAAAACAGUAUUUCUUGAUGAUUAUUGGUUUGUUUGAACAUAGCAAGAAAACCAGCCUAUGAUGAUGAACAGUUGAAAGUUUUUAUUGUUGAAAGAUUUUGCAUUGCACUCCUGUAUAAUUGGCAAACUCACAAUGGACAAUACAAAAAGUUUCAAAAUCAAUACAGCAGAACCAGAUAUUGUCUUUCUUAUUCCGUACAGUCUUCUUUUUUGUCAAAAUAUGGCAAACACAAGUGAUGCUGACUUAAGUGACAUCACUUGAGUGAAUUUUACAGACUUCAUACAGCUUCCUCUGGAGCCACAAAAGGCUUUAUACAACAUUUUCUAAGCGGCAACCUCUGGGGAAAAAUGAAGCCAACACAGAAGUGUCAGUUCCUCGAACUGACAUUUGAGUUCUUAAAUGCCCAACUUUACAGCAGAAAUAAACAUGUUUACAGCCUGGUACAAAAUGGUCUCUAUAGCUGGUUUGCCCCUUCAUGACAACUGUAUGAGGUUGUUGUGAUAAGGCUUAAACAUGUAUAAUUAAGGGUGUGCCUGCUCUGAGUGACAGGUGGGUGUCACAUUCACUGUGUUUGUGGUGUUGGUGCCUUUUUUCAUGCAAAUACUUCAGACAAAUACUGUGCACUUAGUUGACUAACAGAACGUGAGGAAGUAUGCUCCAGUUUUUGAGUUGAGGGAAAUUAUUUCAUGUAAACGUUAGCAGUAACUAGCAGGUAUCAGUGUCUGCGCUCAACAUACAUACGUGACUUGUUAGCUUACCUCAUUAACUAGCUUAUUCACCAGCAAAUGAAUUAGCCUUGGGUUAGCCUUCAGACAGGGCUCACAUGUGCUAACUAUGCUAAUGGGAGACUCAGCUCCACACACGCCCUAGCUCUGCCCAUAUCUGGAUUAGAUGGGGUAGCAAGGUGCUGCCCAGAUGGCGGCGGUAAAGCAGCCCACUCUGAGCUUCAAAACCUUUCUUCAGAAACCUGUGGGAGACAUCAGAGGUUACGCCUAUCUUUAAUUACUAUGUUUUUCACAUAUGCUUCGCCCCCCCACCCCAACAUCUGUAGCCAGACUUUGAUAUGUGAAAUUAAUGGAGCUCCCCAUCAAGUUAAACCCACCAUUUAAUAAUGUUAAUAUACAGCACAUUUGCAUAUGACAGACUUAAGCUUUAAAGUUCUAGCUCAAAGACAAAUACCACCAAGACACAAGGGACAAGUAUGAAGAUAUAAAUCUGGUUUGAACUGAAUGACCUUGAUAGUAGAAUCUGGCACCUCCCUCCUCCUCCUCCUUCAGUCAGCUGAAGUCAUCCUGUCAGCAGGGUCUUAUGUGGAUCCAACAGGAGCUUGAGCUCUUGCUGCGGACAGUGCAGCCGUCUGUCCGUCCCACCGAGCUGUGCUGUUGUCAGUGGCCCCUGGCGGAGCUGCUGCUAAGCAUGUGCUUGGCUGCUCCACAGGGCAGGAGGAACGCUUCCCAUCAACACGCUCACAGGUUGCAGGCAUAGAUCGCUGAGAGCACGGCUCCUACACAAGAGCGCUGUCAUCAAGCUGUUAUUCAUAUCUGCAUCGUGGAGGCUCAGCCUAGUGCAUCAUGGGAGCUCAUCAACGGUGUGACAGAUACAAUAUGUGAGGACUGAGAGGUCGUCAUGGAGACUGACAGCUACACCUCAAGCCCAGCCACAACUGACUGGGUUGGGACAGUGGCGGGCCUGGAGGGGAUGGUCCCUCAGGAGCAGGGAGGAGGGGGCUCGUCCAGCAGCCCCGCGUCCUGGUACGUGCCGUACUCACUGGGCUUCCAGGUGUCGCUCACAGCCUUCCUCAUGCUGGAGCUGGUGUUGGGUUUCAGCAGCAACCUGACAGUGCUAGUGCUCUACUGCUCUCAAUCCAAUUUAGUGGACUCAGUGAGCAAUAUGGUGACUGUCAAUCUGCACGUGCUGGAUGUGGUGGUGUGUGUGCUGUGUCUGCCCCUCACUCUGGUGGUGGUGCUGCUGCCUCCAGGACCAAACCUGGCCCUGCUCUGCUGCUUCCAUGAAGCCUGUGUCACCUUCGCGAGCAUCGCCACAGCCAUCAACAUCCUGGUUAUCAGCUUGGACCGAUAUGACAUUUCAGUGCGGCCAGCCAACAGGCUGCUCACGACACGCAGAGCGGCGCUGCUCCUGGUUGCUGUCUGGGUCACCUCAGUAGCUGUGUUUUUUAUCCCAUUCUUGGAGGAGCAGUGGUCCAGUGGAGAGGCAUCAGAGGAGAAAGGGCAAGUGCCUCCCUUGUCUUUGUCCUCAUAUGGCAUCAGUGCCACAGUGGUGCCAGCAUGGCGUAACCGGACACUGCUGUGUGUUGGUGGGCAGGGCUAUCACACAAGGUUGGGUAUGUACUAUCAUCUUAUCCUGCAGAUACCCAUCUUCUUCACCACUGUGGCAGUCAUGCUGUUCACCUACUCCAGAAUACUGAGGGCUUUAAACAUCCGCAUUGGCUCCCACAUGAAGAAGAAUCAGCGAUUCAGAGGCCCCUCCUGCAGCGGGCACAACAAGAGACAGAAAAAGAAGAAAGCAGGGCCCAGAAUGAUCGAUGGUGGGGAGGUAGGAGGGGAGCAGUGCACCACAGAUGGUACCAAGCAGCGCAGCCACCCACCCCUCAUUCCAUCCCCUUCCCCUACCCCCACAUCCCCCCCUGCCUUGUCCUCAUCUGCCCCGCUGGUCAUCUCUGACAUGGGUGCGGCCACCCCCAUGCCAGCCACCAUGGGUGUUCAGGCCUCCGUGUCAGCCAUCAUUGCCUUGCGGAGGGCGGUGCGGCGACACAGGGAUAGGCGAGAGCGCCAGAGGCGAGUGUUCAGGAUGUCCCUCAUCAUCAUUACCACAUUCCUGGGUUGUUGGGCUCCCCUCUCUGUGACCAACGUGCUAAUCCUUGGCAUUGGCCCCAGUGAUGCCCUGAUCAGCCUGCGCCUCUGGUUCCUAGCCCUAGCUUAUGGCACCACUGUCUCCCACCCUCUGCUCUAUGCUUUCACCCGACAGAAACUGCGCAGGGCCCUACGUGCCAAGGUUAAAAAGAGGGUGGUGUCCCUGCUCCAAGUAGACCCUUCACCAGGGGGCACUGUCAUACACAACUCCUGGGUGGAAAACAGAAAAACCAGCCGGCAGGUGCGGCUGGAAGCAAGCGAAGGUACUGACCGUUGCCUGGCAGAGGCCCUGUGAGACUGACAUUACUUACUGCUGUAAGUUGUUUCAUUAGGAAACUCGCUGGUGUGUGAAGUCACUGUAAGAAAUGUGAAAAACACAUUUCCACCUCUGGGAGAUGUUUUAAUGUAACCACCAGCAGCAAGCCCAUGCUAAACACAGCUUACAUUCACCUCAGGCAGCAAUGGAAGCAGUUAUGCUGUCAUCACUGUAUUGCAAACAGCCUUUGCAGCUGAAUAAGAUCCUACAACAACAAACACACAAGUGUAUAUAAUUUGCACUCUGUUAAAUACUGAAGUCUGUUUACAUACGGAGUUGUAUGAUAGAGCAUUCUCACAGUGGUGCUGACAGAACUGCUCCAAAGAAUGUGUUCAGCCAGCAGAUGAUCUGAUCUGCCUCCCGCUCAAAUGCUCCAAGGCAGCUUUAAAAAUGUUGAUACACUUCAAAAACGUCAAUACUCAAAAAAUUCUUUGAAUGUGUUUAAUAUUGUCUCUGCCUUAAUUUUGCUGUGAAAGUUUUGCUAGAUGGUAUCUUGUGUAGUCUGAACAGAACGGGGAACAUGCACACAAGCAAGACAGUGACUGACUGCCACGAGAAGACGAGACGUUAAUGUGUCAGAGUUCAGGAGGGUCAGUCUACAGAAAGCAAAUGAGGCACACGUCCAAGGACAAUUAAAGUGUGAAAUAUUAAAUGCAGUUUUGCUUUAGCUUUAGUUAUUAUAUAUUCAAAUGUUACAGUGUUUAAAUAAAAUCUCUCAAAGCUCCUUGACAUAAAUGCAACUUUUUUGCACCCCAGUUUAUAUCAAACGGUGUAAUAUCUUGUUGGUAUUUUGCAUAUACAGCAGGGGGAAGGUAAGCACAUCAUUCAAAGGAACACUUUGACAUUUUGGAAAAUAUGCUCAUUUGCUUUCUUACAGAGAGUUACAUGUUCAGAUUGAUACCACUCUUAUGUCUAUAUGGUAAAUGUGGAGCUGCAGCAGCAGCAGCUGGUUAGCUUAACUUAGCACAACUAGAAACAAAUAGUUUUUACUUAACUUAUUUUGUACAGACGAAAGAAACUAGAGAGAGUGUGUUAAUUAGUGAGCUUUAGAAGUGUUGGUAAGUGGAUUUUGUUACCUUCUGACAGAGCCAGGCUAGCUGUUUCUGCCUGUUUUCAGUCAUUAUGCUAAGCUAAGCUAACCAGCUGCUGGCUGUAGCUUCAUAUUUACCUUACAGACAUGGGAGAGAUAUCAAUCUCUUUCUCUGACUCUUAAGUACUAUGACUUUGAACAUUAAAGAAGACGUUUAUCUUAUGAUUUAUCAGGUGUUAAAAGAAUUAUGGGAAGUCUUCUGGCUGAAGUAGCUAGUUGGGAUGACACAAUAACAGGAAUACCUUUAAUAUAAUGCAGUCCCAUAUAUAUUACCAAAAACUACAAUCUCAAAAUUAACUGUCACAUUUAGUCAACGCCUCUCUGACACAUUCUCAAUAAAAGCUGAAUACUCAAAGGUUCAAUAGUAUUUAUUGCCAGUCUAUUGUUUGGGAUUGCACUAUAUUUAAGGUGUCACUGUGGCUCAGUUUUGACAUGUUAAAAGCAUCUGAAAUAUUUUUUUAAAUAAUAUUCAUGUAUAUGAUGUGUAAAUAUUGAUCAGAUUUGAAUGUACUAUAUGUGAAGUCUACAGUACAAGUCACUUGGUCUGUAUGUGAUUAUAGACUGACUUUUCUAGAUUAGAGGGGUGUUUCAGCUGCAGCUGGUUCGUCUCUGUCAGCACCCAGACAUCUGGUCCCAUGGGUCGACUCAACCUUAGUGUCCAGUCAACACUAGAAAGUAACUGUCACUACAACGGAGCACUGACAGGUUGGUGAGAUUAUUAAUAGGACUAAUGUUUUCUCUGUUGACUUUGUUGUACCUGCUUGUGUGUUCACUGCUCUAAUGCUGUUCUCACACUGAGACUCAUUUCAGAGGCCAUGUGAUUUCUUUCACACACACACACACACACACACUUAACGCUUUCCUGAAUGUAAACACAUGAAAAUACAUAUAUAUAUAUAUAUAUAUUUUACUGUAUGUACACCAAGAAUAUGCUAUCUUUAUAAGUUUUCUCCAUGGUGUUGUUUUUAUGUGAAUGUAUCACCAUGCAAAGUUGAAUCAUAUCAAUAAAUAUGAAAUAUCAAGGUCUAAA